ACUCGCGCUGUUAGCCUCGCCUGGCAGGUGCGCACGGCAUCAAGACGUGGUUGGUUAUGAAUUUACUGACUGUUAUACAGAGGAGUUUCAUCAUUGCCAAACCUCGGCAGCUACUCAAUUCUACAACCGCUUUCUCUUGUGCAAAUAGUUUCUUUGCAUCACAAACAUCUGCACAGCCAGUAUUUUACCGGAAUUUAUGCCGAAAUAUGGAAAUCCUUGACUCACAUCGAACAAUGCAACAGCAGCUUUCAAUGUCAAGGCUUUGUCCAUUUUCUUUCAACCCUGUUCGUUUCUUAGUAACUCUAAAUCAGAUCAGGCGGAAAAAGCCACGUACUAAGAGAACUCGUUCUAAACAAGAGGUACCAAAAGACAAGCAGGUUCUACUUGGUCCUCAGCGGAAAGCAGUCGUGGUCAAGUUAUUUAAUCGACAACCAAGGAAACCCAAUUCAGCGCAGCGAAAGGUUGCUCUUGUCAGGCUCAGUAACGGUAGACUUUUACAAGCAUAUAUGCCUGGUGAAAACGCACAACUUCAGGAGCAUGCGGUCGUUCUAGUGCAAGGGGGUCGCGUGCAAGAUGUGCCAGGACUAAAAUAUAGACUUGUUCGUGGGAAAUAUGACUUUUCUCAUUAGACAAUUGUUAAUACCUCCUCGAGUAUGGUUGCAGUUGGAGCAUAUAUUAGUCUUGUUUAUAUAACAGUUCUUAUCUAAGAUCAAAGAAACUUAAUU